AUGGACAUGCCAAUCACCAACGUUAAGGGCAUGGAAGGUUUCCUUAGAUACCGUGAUCUCCCUGCACUUUUCCAAGUUGAUGAUGAUGUUCACAUUAAUGAUCCCACUUUGCAAAACUUACAUCAACUCGCCCAGAAUAUCGCCAAAGCCAAACAUCACAUAUUCAACACCUUCCAAGAGUUGGAGGGGCCCAUACUCCACCAAAUGCCGACCAUAAUGUCCAACGUUUACGCCGUCGGACCACUCCACGAAUUCCUCGCCGCCAAUGGCGGUAGUAGUAACGUUAUAAUGUCCGAUGAUGAUAACAAUAAAAGCUGUUUGGAUUGGCUCAACAAUCAGCCGGUGAAAUCAGUGUUGUACGUAAGCUUUGGAACCCUAUCAAUGGUGAGUAGAGAAACCCUAGUGGAGUUUUGGCAUGGGUUGGUGAACAGUGGGCAGCGCUUCUUGUGGUCUUUGAACCCCCGCCGGUUGCUGACCGACGGGGAGAUUCCUGCAGAAAUCUUGACUGGUUCUCGAGAAAAGACUUGCGUUGUGGAGUGGGCUCCGCAACGUGCAGUGCUAGGCCACUCCGCUGUUGCUGGAUUUUUAACUCAUUGCGGGUGGAAUUCGAUUCUGGAGAGCAUAGUUGCUGGAGUGCCGAUGAUAGGUUGGCCGAUCCAUGGUGAACAACAAUUGAAUAGUAGGUAUGUUGGAGAGGUGUGGAAGGUUGGUCUAGACAUGAAGGAUACUUGCCACCGAGUCAUAAUUGAGAAGAUGGUGAGGGAGCUUAUGGAAGAGCGAAAAGAUGAAUUCCUUGAAAGGGCUCAACAUUAUUCCAAGUUGGCUAAACAAAGUGUGAGACAAGGGGGUUCAUCCUACUCUAACUUGGAACAUCUACUUGAAGAUAUAAGGAGAAUAUGA